AUGAAGCUUGGAAUGAUAAUUCUGCCUCUCUUGUUAGGGGUCAGCUCUGGAGUUGGAGCACCGUGUGGUAAAGAUCUGACUAAUCCAAGAGGAGAAUUCUUCAGCCCCCUGUAUCCUAAUAACUACCCUGAUAAUGCCUAUUGCAUAUGGAGACUUCUGGCUUCAGAGAGACAAACUGUUAAUUUGACCUUCACAUUUGUUGAAUUGGAGAUGUGUUGCGACUCCAUCAGGGUGUACGACGGUCCCACUGAAGCUUCCCCACUGCUGGGUCACCUGCCUCAAGAUCAGAGAUAUCAUUUCAACUCCAUGAGGAACUACCUGACCGUAGUGUUCUCAAGUGACCACGGGAUAACUCAUCAAGGCUUUCGGGCACAGUGGGAGUUCUCAGUUGGAGCACCAUGUGGUGGAGAUCUGACUAACUCAAGUGGAGAAUUCUUCAGCCCCCAGUAUCCUAAUAACUACCCUAAUGAUACAGAUUGUACAUGGAGGCUUCUGGCAUCAGAGAGACAGGUUGUUCAUUUGACCUUCACAUUUGUUGAUUUGGAGGAAUGUUGUGACUCCAUCAGGGUGUAUGACGGUCCCAGUGCUGCUUAUCCACUGCUGGAUCAACUGCCUCAAGAUAAGAUAUAUCACUUCAGCUCCACCAGGAAUUAUCUGACCGUAGUGUUCUCAAGUGACAGCAAAGGAACUCGUCAAGGUUUUCAGGCACAGUGGGAUUUCUCAGAUAAAUCACCAUGUGGUGAAGAUCUGACUAACCCAAGAGGAGAAUUCUUCAGCCCCCAGUAUCCUAAUAACUACCCUAAUGAUGCAGACUGCACAUGGAGGCUUCUGGCAUCAGAGAGACAGACUGUUAAUUUGAUCUUCAAGUUUGUUGAAUUGGAGACGUGUUGCGACUCCAUCAAGGUGUAUGACGGUCCCACUGAUGCUUCCCCUGUACUUGGUGACCUGCCUCAAGAUAAAAUAUAUCAUUUCAACUCCACCAGGCACUAUCUGACUGUAGUGUUCUCAAGUGACAGCGGUAUAGUUCAUCAAGGCUUUUGGGCACAGUGGGUGUUCUCAGUUGGAGCACCAUGCAGUGGAGAUCUGACUAACUCAAGUGGAGAAUUCUUCAGCCCCCAGUUUCCUAAUAACUACCCUAAUAAUGCAGAUUGUACAUGGAGGCUUCUGGCGUCAGAGACACAAGUUGUUAAUUUGAACUUCACGUUUGUUGAUUUGGAGGCAUGUUGUGACUCCAUCAAGGUGUAUGAUGGUCCUACUGAUGCUUACCCACUGCUGGGUCGCCUACCGCAAGAUCAGAGAUAUCACUUCAUCUCUACUAGGAACUAUAUGACUGUAGUGUUCUUAGCUGACAUCAGUGGAACUCGUCAAGGUUUUCAGGCACAGUGGGUGUUUUCAGAUGAUACAUUAUGUGGUGGAGAUCUGACUAAGCCAAGAGGAGAAUUCUUCAGCCCCCAGUAUCCUAAUAACUACCCUAAUGAUGCAGACUGCACAUGGAGACUUCUGGCAUCAGAGAGACAAGUUGUUAAUUUGACCUUCACGUUUGUUGAUUUGGAGAUGUGUUGCGACUCCAUCAUGGUGUAUGAUGGUCCCAGUGCUGCUUACCCACUGCUGGGUCACCUGCCUAUAGAUCAGAGAUAUCACUUCAAGUCCACCAGGAAUUAUCUGACCAUACUGUUAUCAACUGACCACAGUAUAACUCAUCAAGGCUUUCGGGCACAGUGGGAGUUCUCAGAACCUACUACUGAACCCUCGUCCGAAGCUCUUACUCCCAUAUCAGUUGAAGCACCAUGUGGUGGAGAUCUGACUAACCCAAGUGGAGAAUUCUUCAGCCCCCAGUUUCCUAAUUACUACCCUAAUGAUGCACGUUGCACAUGGAGGCUUCUGGCACCAGAGAGACAAGUUGUUAAUUUGACCUUCACGUUUGUCACUUUGGAGACGUGUUGUGACUCCAUCAGGGUGUAUGAUGGUCCCAAUGAUACUUACCCACUGCUGGGUCGCCUGACUGAAGAUCAGAGACGCCAUUUCAGCUCCACCAGAAACUCUCUGACUGUAAUGUUCUUAAGUGACAACAGUAUAAAUGGUCAAGGCUAUCGAGCACAGUGGGUGUUCUCAGAACCUACUAUUGAAUCCUCGACUGUUCCUCCUGAACCCACAACCGAAGCUCCUACUCCCACGUCAGCACCUCAUCCCGAACGCUCAGCUGGUUCUCCUGGACCUUCAGUUGAUCCCACUAAUCAAGAGUCAGUUGGAGCAUCAUGCGGUGGAGAUCUGACUAACGCAAGAGGAGAAUUCUUCAGCCCCCAGUAUCCUAAUAACUACCCUAAUAAUGCAAACUGCACAUGGAGACUUCUGGCUUCAGAGACACAAGUUAUGAAUUUGAACUUCACAUUUGUCGAUUUUGAGACGUGUUGUGACUCCAUCAGGGUGUAUGAUGGUCCCACUGAUGCUUACCCACUGCUGGGUCGCCUGCCUCAAGAUCAGAGAUAUCGCUCCACCAGGAACUCUCUGACCAUAGUAUUUUCAAGUGACAGCAGUGUAACUCGUCAAGGCUUUCGGGCACAAUGGGUGUCUGCAGCACCUCAUCCCGAACGCUCAACUGGUUCUCCUGGACCUUCAGUUGAUCCCACUAAUCAAGACUCAGUUGGAGCAUCAUGUGGUGAAGAUCUGACUAACGCAAGAGGAGAAUUCUUCAGCCCCCAGUAUCCUAAUAACUACCCUAAUAAUGCAAACUGCACAUGGACACUUCUGGCUUCAGAGACACAAGUUAUUAAUUUGAACUUCACAUUUGUCGAUUUUGAGACGUGUUGUGACUCCAUCAGGGUGUAUGAUGGUCCCACUGAUGCUUACCCACUGCUGGGUCGCCUGCCUCAAGAUCAGAGAUAUCGCUCCACCAGGAACUCUCUGACCAUAGUAUUUUCAAGUGACAGCAGUGUAACUCGUCAAGGCUUUCGGGCACAAUGGGUGUCUGCAGCACCUCAUCCCGAACGCUCAGCUGGUUCUCCUGGACCUUCAGUUGAUCCCACUAAUCAAGAGUCAGUUGGAGCAUCAUGUGGUGAAGAUCUGACUAACGCAAGAGGAGAAUUCUUCAGCCCCCAGUAUCCUAAUAACUACCCUAAUAAUGCAAACUGCACAUGGAGACUUCUGGCUUCAGAGACACAAGUUAUUAAUUUGAACUUCACAUUUGUCGAGGUGUAUGAUGGUCCCACUGAUGCUUACCCACUGCUGGGUCGCCUGCCUCAAGAUCAGAGAUAUCGCUCCACCAGGAACUCUCUGACCAUAGUAUUUUCAAGUGACAGCAGUGUAACUCGUCAAGGCUUUCGGGCACAAUGGGUGUCUGCAGUUGAAGCACCAUGUGGUGGAGAUCUGACUAACCCAAGUGGAGAAUUCUUCAGCCCCCAGUUUCCUAAUUACUACCCUCAUAAUGCCAGUUGCACAUGGAGGCUUCUGGCACCAGAGAGACAAGUUGUUAAUUUGACCUUCAUGUUUGUCCAUUUGGAGGAAUGUUGUGACUCCAUCAGGGUGUAUGAUGGUUCCAAUGAUACUUACCCACUGCUGGGUAUCCUGGCUCAAGAUCAGAGACACCACUUCAACUCCACCAGAAACUCUCUGACCGUAGUGUUCUUAAGUGACAACAGUAUAACUGGUCAAGGCUUUCGAGCACAGUGGGUGUUCUCAGGUGCCAAGACAGAGUCUACUGCCAAGGUUGAGAAAGAAGAGUGAGCUCACUUCCCUCCACUCGGGAAUAAUCUCUAAUCUCUUCUUCACUUAUCACUCAACAAAUGGAGUAUUUACUUACUCAAUUCUAUCAAAUCAUUCCCAAAAGGCAAACUUGUGUUUCAUGCUUUUCAAUUAUUAUUGUGAUGUAGCGUUAUAGUUGUAUUGCAGCACAACUACCAUGAAAAUACAUGUAAGCCAGACUUCAUAUAGUUAUAUAUCUGAUAUAUGAUGUGAAAUCAGGCUUAAAUGGGAUUUUUCCCAAAUCCAAGUUCUUUCAAGCCAUUUUAAUUCAUUGAGGUCCACAUGUAAACAUGCUGACAUUAAAUAAAGACGAUUUAACAAAGGCAA